GUUGAUAAGUUCCUCCAAUUUGAUGACGACAUCGGAGGGGAGGAGAAAUUCGACGAUGAUGUAUCAGAUCGGGAAAAUGUGAUGGCGGACAAAAUGGUGUUUUCUGCCGAGCAGAUAAACCAUCACGAGAAAAACCAGAUGGAUGAAUCGAAUAACAUUUUGGAUGAUCUGGAUGUGAAAAUAAAUCCCCACGGAAUUGAAAGGGGAGCCAAAUUGGACAAGGGGAAGGAGGUCAAAGCGGAGCCAUCCGAACAGGAGAAGCUCGACGCGCUGGUCCAAAAGUGCUACGAAACGAUCGGCGAAGAACUGGCCCACUACAAGAAGGGCAAGUUACACAGGGCGCUAACCGUUCUGGUGAAAUCGCCGAGAUGGUUCGACCUGCUGCUGCUGACCAAGCCAAAAAGGUGGACCACCCAAGCCACCUUUGAAGUUACUAAACUUUUUUCAUCAGGAUUGAAGGAAAAGGAUGUGUGUAUAUACUACGAGUUUAUUCUGUUGCCCAUUAUUGUGGACAAUAUCGAGAGGAAGAAGAAGCUGGAAACGUUUCUGUACAAAACGUUGAUUAAGGCUUUGUACAAAUCGAAGGCCUGGAUGAGGGGGAUGCUGUACCCCCUGCUGCGUCGGUUUAUCGAAAAAUGUGUGGACUACUUCGUCUCAUUUUUGAACAACCCCGACGUGUUGACAGUGAACUGGUACACCUCGCUGCUGCUGCUCGUGCAGAAUUAUAGAGCCUUGAUGGGAGAUGAUGAAAUUGAGAAACUGCGCAUCCUGGUGAUGAAGAAAAAUCAUCCCAAAUUUUCGAACGAAAUUUUGAAGAGUAUGUACUCACCCAUGUCGUUGAUGAACAAAAUAAAAGAUUUGGCGAAGCACCCGAGUGAAGACAUGGUGUAA